UGACGAACUGCAUCGGAUGCGGAAGACCCGGGUCGGUUCACACCACAUGAGGUUGUCUAGGAAGUGCUCCGCUGACAAUGGUUGAAAAACCUCACGCCCAGGUGAGCACGGGAGUUCCAACUAUAUGAACAACCGGUAUCAGCCAGUCCUCACUCCCGUCUUAAUCCUCCUCUCAACCCCGUCAGGAGUCUCAGCUGCAAGCAAACCUACCUACCUCUCAGGCUAGACGUCCGACACCAUGCUCCUUCAACUGACACUUCUUCUUGCCAGCACCGGCCAGGUGCUUUCCAUUCCUCCGCGUGGAUCCUGUCAGCCAUUCCACCCGGAACCUCGCUCAACCCAUCUCGACUGGAACACCCCGCGGCCAGACGACGGCGGGUUCCUCGCCAACCGGACCGACGUCCACACCGAAGAGUUCUUCAACAAUCCUCCAAUCAAGCGAUCCAGUCUCCCCGCCCAGUCCGUCUCGGCACCCCUGAACCCCCUUCUCGGCCGCGCAACCCCAGGCCAAUGGGAGAACCUCAACGGCAACGCCAUCUACCACGCAGCGCCCGCAUCCUGGGGCGGCUCCCGCCUCGACGUCUUCUACAUGCACCGGGACCGGAAAUGCAAGUACAAGAGCCGCGACCGCUACGACGGCGGGUGGUCCGACUGGAACGACCUCGGCGGCUCUCUCGACGGCCCACCAGCCUGCUGCAGCCGCAAAAACGACAACUACCACGUCUUUUGCAAAGGCACCGACAACCAGCCGUGGCACCGGUCGUACAACCCGGGCAGCGGCUGGGGCCCGUGGCAGAGCAUGGGCGGCACCAUGAAGCACUACCCAUCCACCUGCUCAUGCGGCAGCAAGCACGUGGGCAUCUAUGUGACAGCCCCCGACGGGCAGUGCUGGCACCGCAGGUACGACGAGGACCGCAGCGGGGGCUGGUACAGCUGGGAGAACAUGGGCGGGUUCCUCGACAGCGCGCCCAAGGCGGUCACCUGGGGUGAAGGACACACCAGCGUGUACUGCAAGGGCGAUGACGGGCAGGCGUGGCAUAAGAAGUACGAGAACAACGCUUGGGGCGACUGGGAGAGUCUCGGCGGGUCGCUCGACGGCGAGCCUGCGGCUUGUGCUUGGGACGGGCGCAUGCACAUCUUUGUUAAGGGCACCGACGGCGCGUGCUGGCACAAGGCGUACCGGAAGGGGAGCGGGUGGGGUUCGUGGGAGAAUAUGGGCGGCAAGCUCAAGCCGGGUAGGGCGCCGGAUGUGGUUGUGUGGAAGGGCAAGAUGGAGCUGUACAUCACCGGGGAUGACAAUGCGGUGUACCGCAGGGUUUGGGAGAACGAUAAGUGGACCCCGGGCUGGGAGAACAUGGGGGGGAACGUCGAUUGGAAGCCUAGCGCCGUCACCUGGGACGAUGGUAGGUAUGAGGUGUACGGGACGGCGUCGGACGGUAGCUGCCGGCGGUGUUACUGAGCAGAAAAGUUCAAAAGUGUGUCGUUAUGGUCUUGACGUGUGAUGCUCGGCAAGUUGAGGUGGACAAUGCGCGGAUAGCAGGAGCCUUUCUUUGACAGCGGCAAGCCGGUUGGGGAUUCCCCUAGGCAGUUGUUAGCUCAGCUCUCAGGCUCAGAUUGCACCUUAAUGAUACCUACCUACGGCAGGCAUAUUUGGCCGUCUUCAUUGCAGUUGAGACCGACCGACAGCUCGAGGCC